AUGUCCCUGAGAUUGGAUCCGUAUGAUCUGACGGAUAUUGGCAUGGAUUGCGUCGAGCGGGUGCUGGAGCGGUCGAAGGACCUACAGGAGCUUAAAGUCGAUAUCAGCGCUCUGCAGGAACUCAACCAACAGAAUAAACUGGCGCGGCUGCUUAGAGGACAAAGCAAGAGGUUGACUGCCCUAAGUCUAGAGGGUGACUCGGCCCAUGAAUGGAUACCCAAAGCUGCAGAGCUUUGUCCGGCAAGGUGCGAUUUGCCGAUCCUGAGAGGAUUUUGUCUGUCGUGUCCCAAGCCGUUCAAGGUUCCUCAUCCGUUUGUCCAAUGGAUCGUUAGCAUGGUUUCACCUUGGUCAAGGGUCAGUGCUCUAAUGCCCUAUGCUCAAUGGUUUGCUACUCAACCAAGCCCGAUGACUCUAGAUAACGUCGAGGAGCUAUUUCAGGAUACAUAUUUCCCCCCAUUGCUGGAGAUCGCGGAGAUGUGGAUGCCUCUGAUGGAUGUCUACUUGAAGGGGCUAGAAUUUGAGCCGGAGGAUUGGAAGAGAAUCAUAGCAGCUCUCGAUCUCUCAACCUUAGAGACCCUUAAUCUCAGCAACAGCAACUUUUCCCAAGAGCAGCUCACGACUCUGAUUGAGCUGAUACCUCAGGGUACAAAUCCUGUGAGAAGGUUGAAGCUGCAUCUUUAUCACACAGACCUAGUCAUUUGUCCAAGUACGAUCACGCUGCUUAGAAAACUUGCAGAGAAAGCACCCCAUAUCGAAAUCGAUAUUUACAACCCUUGCGACUCUUGA